UCCAUCGUGCCCCGUUCGCAUCCUCCGGCUCCGGCUCCCGUCUCUCCGUCUCCGCCUCUCGUCUCCCUCACGACACGAGCCGCACGACCUAGAUCCGCAGGGCGAGGCCAGUGAGCCAGGCGCGCACGUGUGACGAGCUGCAUCCGCCAUUCCAUCCGGCCCACCCACGCCCUCCUCUGCACAUCCACGCCGCCGCCCUCACGCCCCUCACGCCGCCGAACACGAUCUCACGACGCCCAACGCCGUCUCUCAUCGCCCACUCUCUCUGCGCCCGCUUCACGAGUCCUUGCCAUGUCGGACCUCGACCGCUCCUUCGACCACCUCUCCCUCGGCGCCGCGCACCAGCGCAGCAGCACCGGCAGCCUCGGCCCCAACUCGGCCGGCGCCUUUGAUGCCGGCGACGCGGCCAACGCGUACGGCGCCGCGCCGCUGAGCAGUGCGUCACCCUUCGGCAGCGCCUCGUACGCCGGCAUGGGCGGCAGCGCGCAGCUGGCCGACCCGCAGUCGGCAUCGGCGCGCUUCGAGCGCUUCUUUGCCUCGCCGCCCGCCUCGGCGCCCGACUACGCCUCGGGCAGCGGCGGCGCGCCGGGCAGCAGCAACGGCCUCGGCAGCGGCAGCAGCGCCUUUGGCUCCUUCGGCCACGCCCUGCCCGGCGGCACGGGCGGCAGCGGCCACUUUGGCUCGCAGAGCCGCCGGCCGCCGGGGCGCUCGGCGCUGCCGCAGUGGGGCGACGCGCCGUCGCCGCCCAUCGCGCCGCAGGGCCUCGGGAGGGGCUACUAUGCGCCGCCGCCGCCGCAGCAGUCGCAUCCGUCGGCGGGCAGCGGCUUCCUGAGCCACCAGCUGCCGCCGCAGGGCAUGCCGCUGCCGCCGCCGGGCCAGCAGGGCGGCGCGCUGGACGACGACAUCAUCCCGACGGCCAUCGUGGUAAAGAACAUCCCGUUUAGCAUCAAGAAGGAGCAGCUGCUGCAGAUCAUUGAGGACCUGGCGAUCCCGAUGCCGUAUGCCUUCAACUACCACUUCGACGGCGGCAACUUCCGCGGCCUGGCGUUUGCCAACUUCCGCUCGGGCGAGGAGGCGGACGCCGUCGUGGCCGCGCUCAACGGCUUCGACGUGGCGGGGCGCAAGCUGCGUGUCGAGUACAAGAAGGUGCUGCAGGCGGGCGAGAAGGAGCGCAUCGAGAAGGAGAAGGCCAUCAAGCGCAUGCACUCGAUGCAGCUCGAGAAGGAGCGCAGCAGGCACGAGCAGCAGCAGCACUGGGGCGCCCUGCCGCCCAACCCGCCGCUGCCGCACGAGCACCAGCAGCAGCAGCACCAGUACGACCAGUACGACCAGUACAGCUACGCCGUCGGAGCGCCGCCGCAGCAGCCGCAGAUGCAGCAGUCGCAGCAGCAGCAGCACCAGCUGCCGAGCCCCUCGCUCGAGAUCCACCCGUCCGCGCAGCUGCCGCAGCAGCCGCGCUCGCCGCUCCUGCCGCUCACGGCAGACAGUCUGCGCGCCGUGCCGGCUGCGCGUCAGGGGGCUGGAGGCGACUCUCCGUCGGAGGUCAGCGGUGGGGCGAGCUCGCGUGCCAAGGAUGAGCUGGACCUGAACGACCCCGCCACGCUCGAGAUCUACUCGCGCGUCCUGCUCUUCAAGGACGACCGAAUGCGCGACGACCUGAGCUUCUCGCGGAAUCUCAGCCCACUGGAGCGGCGCACUGUGCACCUCGUGGCACAGAAGCUCGGCCUGUACCACUACAGCAUGGGCGAGGGCGACGAGCGCUACGUCGUGGUGACGAAGAACGAGAUGCAGCAGGGCCAUCGCCCUCUGCGCUCGCAAGCGUCCACCAUCGGCCGCUCGCACCGCGGCAACACGGACAGCUCCGGCAUGCUUGCGCCCGGCUCGAGCGCCACGACGGGCCGUGCGGGUUUGCGCGGCAAGAAGAGUGCGCCGGACAUGAAGCGCGCGCGCGAGGCCGACAGCAGCUACGCGUCGCACGGCUACGGCAGCGGCGGACUGGCUCCGCCUGCCGGCGGCCUGGCGCGCAAGAGCAACGGCAACCUGAGAGAGGGCUACGCUGCCACGAUGGGUCGGGCAUCGAGAGGCGCGAACGGAGGCGCUGCUGGUCUGCAGAACCUAUUCGCCUCGCCAUUUGACGUUCCUCCGGUCCCGCAAAUCAACGCCGACCGGCUCGGCCACUCCUCGUCGCCGUCCGGCGGCAACUCCGCGCACCUUGUGCGGCAGCCGCGCGGCCCGCCGACGCCGGGCUCGCACGAGGCGCGCAACUUUGCGCCGCGAGCCCGCGUCACUGUCGGUGCUGCCACGGGCGCACAGAUUGCGGCGCAGGUCAACCGCAUGGAACACAGUUCUAGCCCGGGGCAGCAGGGCAGCUACGACGACUACCUGCACGGCGGCCACGCCCUUGGGUCCGACGACGUGCGGACGCACGAGCCGCUCGAGAUCUAAGCGCGACUCGUCUGGCCUCCUCACCGUCACACCCACACAACCACACGACCUCGACUUUCUCUCUCUCUCCUCAAGCAUCCCUCAAGAAUCAAGAACGGCCCGCGCCUCGCUGCCCGCCGCACACACCUUCUCUCAGCCCCAGCUCCGCCCCUAAACUUUCCCUCAGUCUGUCCCACAUGCCCCUGCCGCGUCCCGCCCAUCCUGACGAUGAUGCAUUUGCCGCCAAUGAUGAAAACCUUGCACUCUU